UUCUCUCACUACUUCUCCUACUAAGUGAACCCGCUAGACCAAAAAACGUCUUUUGUCGGAACAUGAAAAAAAGACCUGCAUCCACCUUUUUACUUUGCUGUCGCUGCUUUACAACUUGAGGCGUUAUGUUACCCAGCUGUUGUCGUUCCCCUCUGCUGUCUCUCUUUCCCGCUGCGUGGUGGUAAAACACACAUCAAUACACGCCCGCUGUUAUCAGUAAAACGCCCAACAUUCAUCAGCUCUACUAGUCACGCUGAAUUUUUGACACCUGUGGAGUCCGGCGACUGUUGAUACUUUUUAUUUGGGAUUUCUCAAUCUAACUUUUGUCAAUUUAUCCACAUUAACCGUUCACUGUUUUGACUGACAACCCGGGAAACCAAUGACAGCAUUUAAAAGCCUGUGUACACCGCCGUUGUCAUGGUUACAGGCCGACAUUCCAAAGAGCUGGAAAUCGAGGGGCGGGACUAACGUUUAAGCAGGGGUGGAUGCACUUUUUUCGAACAGUAAAUGAGCGGGAGCGACUGACACCAGGAUGGGAUUGCUUCAGUAGCGAGCCGGUGCCAGAGCUAAAGCCAAACUCUCACCCCUCUGCUGCAUUUAGAACUGCGACUCAUUUUUUCGUAGCAGCUUGACAGCAGAGCCGUUUGACAAGGAGACAGACAGUGGAUAUGUGUCCCUGAUUGAGCAUCACAGAGCAUAGGGACGUAUAAUGACUAAUUGAAACUCACUCAAUUAAUGGACAAGAGAAAGUUCCCUGGCACAAUGUUCAGGCAAGGGGAUGCAUCAUCCAAGAGACGCCCUGGUGGUGGAAGUGGGCUCGGUCUGCCCCAGCCUCCUCCACCCUCCUCAUCCUCCUCCACUCAGCAGGGCCGUAUCCGGGCUGUGGAGGUGGCAAGAGGGAGAACCGGGUAUGGUUUUACACUGUCAGGCCAAAGCCCUUGUGUUCUCAGCUGCAUUCUGAAAGGGAGCCCUGCGGACUAUGUGGGUUUGCGAUCAGGAGACUACAUCCUCUCUGUCAAUGACAUCAACGUCUCCAAGGCGUCCCAUGAGGACGUGGUCAAACUGAUUGGACGCUGCUCUGGCGUCUUGAAACUAGUAAUUGCUGAGGGGGAGCGUCACAGACGACACCAUCACCACCAACGCACCUCCGGUGGUCGUCACCAUAGCAGCAACACAAUGGCAGCAUCUUACCUGGACUCAUGCUCUAGCGAUGAUGAGUUGGAUGGUUUCUACGACAAUAGUGUUAACAACAACAAUAACAGCAGGUCAGGCUGUGGAGCCCGUGGGGGUUGGUACAAACCUAAACUGGAUUCUAAGCAGCUGGGCAUCAACCGGGCAGAGAAGGUGGUGGCGGAGCUGCAGUCUGGAGGAAUUUUUAACAUGAUCUUUGAGAACUCCAGCCACUCUUCCAGCAGCUCAGACAAGGACAGACCUGGGGUCACUUCAUCGUCCAAACCACGUCCGCUGUCUGAUCCAGAGUUCCCCCCAUAUCGUAGCUCCUCCCGUUCUCAGAGCAACCCCAUCCUACUCUCUGAGGAGGAGAUGGCUCAGGUUCUUUGUGAUGAUUCGGUCUUCCUGGACUCAGACUUCCGCCAUCUGCACCUGCACCACCAUGAAGAGCAAGAUGUGGAUGUAGGAGAUGGGGGUGACAUGGGCUUAGAGCCUGGCGAGGGCAUCCUCAAUGUGGGCAUGAUUGUGGGCUAUCUUGGCUCCAUUGAGCUGGCCUCCACAGGGACGAGUCUAGAGAAUGACAGCCUGCAAGCCAUCAGAGGGAGCAUGAGGCGCCUCAGGGCCGAGCAAAAGAUCCAUUCACUGGUCCUUAUGAAGGUCAUGCAUGACAGUGUGCGUCUGUGCAGUGACAGAGGUCAGGUCCUGGCCACCUAUCCUGCAGAAAAACUUGCCUUCAGCGCCUGUUGUCCCGAUGACCGGCGAUUCUUCGGACUGGUCACAAUGCAGGCCACAGAUGACCACGAUGACCGUUACUUCAGCAACGGAAGAGAUGAAGAGGGUGGUUUGAGGACCUCCUGUCACGUGUUCAUUGUGGACCCUGACCUCUGCCACCACCAGGUCCAUUUGGGCGUGGCCAUAAGGUUUGGCUUUGAGUGUACCCCUGACCCCGACACAGGAGGCUGCCUGGAAUUCCCCCCCAGUUCCCAGCCUCUCCUCCAGUUUGUCUCUGUACUCUACCGGGACAUGGGGGACAACAUUGAAGGGGUCCGGGCCCGGGCUUUCCAUGAUCCAGACAACGAUGCCCAGCAGAACCACAGCACCAGCAGCAACAGUGAUAGUGGGAUCGGCAACUUUUUACCAGAGGAGAAGAGCAACAGAGUGCUUUUAGUUGACCUUGGAGGUCCUCCUAACAACAACCAUGUCUCUGGGCCACGCCACUGGGACAGUCCACCUUCAUCCCAGCAGGCCUGGAGCCCCACCCUGGGAGCCGCAGCCUCUCACCCACCUCCUCCUCCUCCACCAGCUCUGAGAAAUGGCCACUACCGUCACGAACCACACCUGGCUGACCUCCCUCACCCUCUCCCCUUGGCUCACCCUGACGUGCCCGGCAGGCACUCUCGAGGUGUCCACCCACACCACUACUCACCAGGGAAGCGGGGAGGAGCUGUGGGAGGAGGAGAAAAGAGAGGGGCUGGAGGAGGAGCAGGAGGAGGGGUGGAGCCGCAACGGUGGCUGCCAGUCCAUGUACUGAGAGACUGGCGUCAGCAGCACCACCACAGCCACCUCCAGGGCCUGAGCAGCGAUCAGGAGUCAUACGCCGAAUCCACCGACGGAUGGUCAUCAGCUAACUGCAGCACCCUGCCCCCGCCCAUGAACAAGAUCCCAGCUGACCGUUACCGGGCCCCACUGGCCCCUGGAGACCACCUGCCACCACCUGGAGGGAGCCAGCCUCCUCCUCCUUCACAUCCACACACCCACACCCACCGGCUGGCUGCUCAGAAAGAUGAGUGGGCUAAGAAGCUAUUUGGUGCUGGUGACAGGGAGAGAACUGGGGCAGAGAGAGGUGAAAGAGAGAAGAAACGAGGGAACACCAAGGAUGGAGAGAAAAAGGGUGGUCGGUUCCGAGGUCUGACCAUGGGCUUCCCUCCUCUCCCCCAGCGCUCCUCGGCCAGGCGCUCCUUUGGACGCUCCAAGCGUCUCAGCCUGGCCCGCUCCCUGGACGACCUGGAGUCUGCUGCAGUCUCCGAUGGAGAACUGAACAGCGUGGAGCUGCAGGGCUGCAGCAGCGACAACAGUCUGAACAGUAAUGCCAGCCUUCCCAGCGUCCAGAGCCACCGGCGCCACACUGAGAGGAGAGUGGCCAGCUGGGCUGUCUGCUUCGAGAGGCUGCUGCAGGACCCCGUGGGCGUCCGCUACUUCUCGGAAUUCCUAAAGAAAGAGUUCAGUGAGGAGAAUAUCCUGUUCUGGCAGGCUUGUGAGUUCUUCAGUCACGUCCCUGAGAAUGACAAAAAGCAGUUAUCUCAGCGAGCCAGGGAAAUCUACAACAGCUUCCUGUCCAGUAAAGCCACCACACCGGUCAACAUAGACAGUCAAGCUCAGCUCGCCGACAACAUCCUCAACGCCCCCCAACCUGACAUGUUCAAGGAGCAGCAACUGCAGAUCUUCAACCUAAUGAAGUUCGACAGCUACACACGGUUCCUCAAGUCUCUGCUGUACCAGGAGUGUAUGUUGGCGGAGGUGGAGGGCAGGCCCCUGCCUGACCCUUACCAUGUUCCCAGCAGCCCCACCUCCAAACACAGCACCACUGGCUCCGACCGCUCCAAUCUCUCCACACCGAAGAAGGAGGACAAGAAGAGCAAGUCGGGCCGAUCUUUGAACGAAGACAGCCGGGAUGAUUCAGGAGAUCGGAGGAAGGGCAUGUUCUUCUCCUGGUCUCGCAACAGGAGCUUCGGCAAAGGCCCGAAGAAACGAGAGCUGGCUGACUUAAACUACAAUUUCUCUGGCAGCAACGGUCGCCGUGAAUCGCAGGGUUCACUGUCUUCAGGAGCCAGUUUGGAGCUUGGGACUUCGGGGUCAGGGAGGAAUGAGGGUGAUGUUUCCCGUGGUGCAGUAUCAGUGUCAACAGAGCGUGGAGGGGGCAGCGCCCCCUUGAGGCAGUGUAACAUAACCUUGCCGGAUGGUUCAUGUUGCUCUGUGCCACUGAGAGCCGGAGUGUCCAUCAGGGACCUGCUGCUGGGCCUCUGUGAGAAGCUCUGCAUCAACCUGGCAGCUAUAGACCUCUUCCUGGUUGGAGGGGAGAAGCCACUUGUUUUGGACCAAGACUGUAUGACAUUGUGCUCUCGAGACCUCCGACUAGAAAAACGCACUCUCUUCAGACUUGACUUGGUCCCUAUUAACCGUUCAGUGGGUCUAAAAGCAAAGCCCACCAAGCCAGUGACUGAGGUCCUCAGGCCUGUAGUGGCCAAAUAUGGCCUGCACCUCUCUGAUUUGGUGGCACGCAUUAGUGGGGAGUCGGAGCCUUUAGAUCUAGGCCUUCCUAUAUCCAAUCUGGAUGGGCUGCGAGUUGUAUUAGAUAUAGCAGAAAACACCCCUGAAAAAGCAGACAAACAGAAAGCAGCUCCCUCUAAGAGCCACGUCCCGCCCUCUACCAGCAGAAACCAAUCAACAACAGGGGAGGACAGGCCAUCAGGGAAAGCCGGUUCAGCCCACCCCCAUGGGGAAAACGGCAAGGCUGGGCCCAGCCCUAACACAAGCAGCCAUCCCUUACCCAACCACUCUGUCUCUCUCCAUAAGGCUCCGGAGAAAAGAAAGCAGAAAAAGAUUAAUAUAGACGAAGCUGAAGAGUUCUUCGACCUCAUAUCCAAAGCUCAGAGCAACCGAGCAGACGACCAGCGAGGCCUGCUAAACAAAAGCGACCUGCAGCUCCCAGACUUUCUGCGCCUGUCGCCAGCGGCAACCAACCAGGCUGCGCCUCCUCCCUACGACCCUGAGCCAAGUUGCUCCACCCCUAAUUCCUGUAACCCCAACAACGGCAGCUUCCCUAGCAGCGGUCGCCGGGGCAAUAAGGCGAACAGCAAUGACAGGGGAGGCGGCACCCACUUGCUCAACGCGAGCCAUCAGUCUCAGAGCUUGGACUCUGCAUUGGGCACUGAGAGUGGAGGGGGGAGGAAAGCCAGACCACCUCCUCCAUUUCCUGGCACCAUCUCCCCCAUCCACCCAUCCCAGGGUGCCCAGCGUGGUCUCCUCCAGGACUCUGGCAGGGGAGAAUCAGUCCAGAUGCUGGAGGAGGACACCCGGUCUGAUCUGACUCUAGUGGGAGAGGGGGACAUUAACAGCCCCAUCCUCAACUACGUCACUCCCUCAGCCCUAACGUGCAAACCCCACCCACGACCCCAACAACAAGCACAGGACGGUCGGCCUAGCUCAGGUACCUACCCCGUGUGAACUCUAUAAACUUUUGAACUUUCACCUCUUCCUUCACCUGACUGCGAGCGGGACUGGAGACCCUUUCAAGUCAGUUUGAAGUUCCUUGUCAGCCAUUUUCAGUCCAGACCUUGAGAACUCUCGGUCUGUGGCUGAAUGGCCCAGAAUGCAUCCAGAUCUUCUCCCUUCCCCAAGAACAUGUUUUAAUUUAACAAAUCACUUUCUACAAUUUAAGUCAAAUUACAAAAACAUUAAACUCCAGAUUCAAGUGUAAAAAUACAGCUAAUACAGCUACAGCUUACAAAUAAUGUAAAAAAAAAAAAACAGAGCUAAGACCCUCAUCACAUACAAUAGAAAUAAGUGUUCAUGUAGUCAAAUAGUGAGUUGAUAUAGUGAUGUAUGCACUACCCUCUGGCCAGCAUCUACUGUAGGUUAACAGCAGCCUUAAGAUAACAGGUCAGGCACAUGACAAGAGGAAAAAUGGAUGCAUUAGGCUUGGAUGGAGCUUGUCUUUGGAAUUUCCCUGCGUGGUGUGUAUCUGUGUGAACUGUUGAGCGGACUCGCUGUGGAUUUGUUUCUGGAGACGUAAGCUCGAGGGCGAGCUCAGGAUGACUUGGUGAUGACCAGUGCCAAACUCCCUCCUCCAGCCCCCCCAGUGUACAGAAUCUAACAAUGCACUUUAGCCAAUUACAAACAAGACUUUACACAUCCUUACACAUUUUAAAAUCAUUUUCUCCCUCUUUUUUUUUUUUUUUUUACUGUGGACACAGUUUAUUUCAUGCUACAGGUGGUUGAGCUGCCUUCAGAAAACAGUUGAUGAUAUUUGCUAAUAAUCAGCUGCUCCAAAUCCAGAGCGGUAUGGAGGCUACUUUAGCGCACUUCUAUGCGGACCAUGUGUUAUUUUCAACUUAUUACAUGCUUUUAAACACACUGCAUGCUGACCCUAUAAAUACAGACAUAUGCUACAGUACCAUGAACGCACACAUUUGCUCAGCUGUUCUUUAUCGACUCGAGCACAGUACAUUCUGUGUUUCCAACACUGUUCUCUCACCUCAGGCGUUUCUCGUGUCACUCAUGAAAACAGACUAUAGCGACGGCGCACACAUGCGAUCUCGCUCUCUGACCAAAUAAUCCAGAAAGUUCUGAUCCGUCUGUAUGUGAGCAGUUUUCUCUUUUUUUUCAUCUCCGUCUUCUUCUUUGCACUACAUCGCGCAGCAGCAUCUGUUUUUGUUUUGUUUUUUUUUCUUAAAUGAGUUUUCACAGUCUAGCAAUUCAACAAUGUUUUGAGCUGUUAUUUCCUACAGGGACUCAGCUGGAAAAACUGGACUAACAAGUCAAAAGGUUUCACUUUUUACAGGUUUUACUCUUACUUUAUUCUGUACUAUAUUCUCCAGAAAACAUUAAUUUAUCCCACAUCCUUUUAAUUUUCACUAUCUAUCAGUUAAAAGUAUUAAUUUGUAUAUAGUCAACUUCGUGAAAUCACCGCGUUACUGUAGUCAUUGUUGAAUUGCAAUGCAGCCAUGCUGUUUCUUCAGUUGUGUCACAGUAGAAAUCAAUUCUCUGUUCUGUUCAGUUGACUGUACUGUCUGUAAAUAGAUCAAAUAAAUGUUUUAGAGUUUAAA